AGCAACCAAGAUGAAGGCCGCGCUUAUUUUGUUAUCAGCCUUAUUUACUGCUCCUGGUUUAGUAUCAGCCAAAUGGUGCAACAUGAAUCCUUUGUCGGUAUCUUCAAUUGUCAAGAACAUUUCUGUGUCAACAAAAUCGUCUUUGACAACGGACACCGGGARAUGGUGCGCGUUAGCUGGUGAUCCAAAUCCCUGGUAUCAGUUGAUAUUUGAUCAGGAAUACGUCAUUUGUUAUAUCAAAUUCCAACUUGAAUUGACAAAACGUAUCACCUCAUUUAAGUUCAAUAUAUCGACUGAUGGAGUUAACUGGAACACUUACAACGAAGAUGGACAGGCAAAGAUUUUUGAGAUGGGAUAUUAUAGUACGAUUGGACGUUACAUAAAAGGGAACUUGGUGACUAAAUAUYUACGAAUUCUACCUAUCUCAUGGAAAACGCAAGCCUGCUUUACUCCGUUGUUUUACGGAGUUUCUCUUAGUYCAGAAAAUGUGGCCAAAGGAAAAGUUAUCGCGGAAUAUCCCAACCUUAAUACUGCUAACCUUGGGUAUGCUGUGGACGGUGAUGAGAAUACUUGUGUACAGACCAAGAACUCGUCCUCUCAAAACUUAUCAUUAACCAUUGAUCUUGGAGCACCACUACAGGACGUUGGAGAAGUAUGGAUUGCUAAUGGGCCGGGUAAUUCUCCGCUUGCCAGAGGAUUCUCUAUUUACAUCGAUUCCUCCCUGUGUGGUAACUUUAAAGUUGAGGGUGGAGAAUCAAUUAGCGCCGUUUGCUGGCCCCCUGUAAAUGGGCAGAAUGUCACCAUCUCUAUUCCAGAGAAACAAGGCAUCAACGUUUGUGAGAUUAAAGUCUUCCUUAGAGGAAAUUUCCUGCAGAAAACUCUCAAGAAGAUUGCAGUAUCCAGUACAAAUGGCACUAGAUAUCCAAACUUGACCAUUGAUAAGAUACAGUCGUCCAAUGAAGCCCAGUGUUGGGUAUCACAAGACCUUGGAACAUUGCCUUGGAUCCAAUAUCAGCUGUCCGAAUCAAGGGUCAUAUCGGACAUAUUAAUCAGAGGACCUGAUCCAGUCACAAAAAUCUUUAAAGAUUUUAAGGUUUACAGACAUUACUAUCAAGACCCCAAUAAAUCAAGUUUAACUAAUCAAAUUGGAAAAAAAGAAAAAACAUGGAACGAUGAUGUAGUCUAUUGGCCAAAGGGUCUCUCGUACAACACUGCCUCUUUCAACGAUAUAAUCAUCAAGGGAACCUCAAGCAAAGUUCUUUCAGUCUGCGAAGUAGAAAUAUAUGGUCCCGUUGAGCGAGGAUGCUAUUCAACGCCUCUUGGACUUAGAUAUCACGAAUUCACAGUAGGAGAUGACAGCUUCUAUACGGCAUCUUCCGAAGAGUCCAGUGCAACUAGUCCCAAGUAUGCCAGACCACUGAGACCAGAUGCGGCGUGGGUCCCAAAAUCAAGCGAUUCAAGCCCAUACAUACAAUUUGAUAUUGCAAUARGUUUUAUAAUUUGUGGAAUAUCAACUCAAGGACAUCCAACGCAAGACAAAUGGACCACAAGUUACAAAGUUGCUGUUUCUUCUAAUAAUGUCAACUAUACUUUCGUUGACAAUGGAAAGAUUUUUGCUGGAAAUACGGACAGAAGCACGAUCGUCAAGCACAAUUUCAAGGCGAGCUACUUAGCAUUUUUCGUUCGUAUUUAUCCUUUGACAAGCCACACCCAGGCUGCUCUACGAUUUGAACUUUAUGGCACUGUUUAUGUCUAUGCCCACAAAAGUAUUUUCUUCUUUUGGCAAUCGUCAAGUAAAUUUAAAUCAAGUAGCAAUGAAGCGAAUAGAGAGCCACACAGAGCAACAAUAUACACCACUAGCUCUUGGUGCGCAUCAACCGCGGACAGCAAUCAAUACUGGGAGUUCUCUUUAAAGAGUCUAUACUCAGCUAUAAUGACGCAAGGAAGUCCUAAAGAAGAUAAAUGGGUUAAAUCCUAUAUUUUGAGCUACUACAACGGGUUUYCCAAUUCUCUUUUUAAUCGAUGGACAAACUACACUGACGAAGAUGGAUCAGUUAAGAUAUUUGAAGGCAAUUCAGAUCGGUCUACGGUGCGGAUGCAUAUUUUGAAACAAUUCUAUGCAGAAAAGAUUCGAAUCUAUCCAGUGACAUGGAACAACGGAAUUUGCAUGCGAAUUGACCUCAGAAACAACUAUAAAAACAAUGGAAAAAUGAGUCUAACAAUAUCAGAUGAGAUAUCCAGCCAACAACUAAUACCUGGUCAGAUUACUUAUAAAUGUGAAGCGAACGCACUCCUGAAGCCAAUGGAAUGGGCAUUUGAGGGCAAAUUGGUCAAGAUGGCUGACAACGAACAUCAAACAGAUUUAUCAGAUCAACAAUACAACAAGAUAUACACCACAAAAAGCAAAAACUAUUCUACAUGUCAAGAGUUAUUCAAAGAUUUCGAUUGUCCUGGUCUCACGAAUGUAACACGAACAUGUACAGCAAAGAAUGCUCUACCUGCCUGUAUUGCACCUGAGGGACGAUACAACCUUUGGAAAUAUGCUUCUUUAUCAUCCAUGACAUUCGAUAUCGAACCACCAAGUGUCAUCAUUACCACGAAAAAGAACGUUAGAAAAACUCUUGAAUUUGAAAUCAAUGAAAAUUAUGGAAAGACUCAAGCCAAGAUCGACGAUUACCACGUCAUUCUCACCAAUACCAACACAAGCAUCAUUCACUUCAAUAAAACUGUUAAUACCAAAUCACUGGUCUUCACCAACCUGACGGCAUUGAAUAGAUACAAGCUUGAAGUAACUUCCAGGAGUUGUUUUGGUGAAAAUACAUCGACUUUGUAUGAAAUUAAUGCAGAUUAUAUUAAACUAUUUUGGGAGAAAACAAGUGUUACUGUUGUAGAAAGUGAUCAAUUUGCGACGUUGGUUGUAAAUUCAAGUACUGGAAAUACUGUAGAAACUGUGAACUGCAACGUUGAGUUGAGUUCGGUCACUGCAGUAGCUGGGAGAGACUACAACAAUGCGACUAUCCCAGUCACUAUAUUGAAAGGCGGUGCAAAUACCCAAGUCAAAGUUCCAUUAGUUGAUCAAUUCCUACAUACAGAUGGCAAAAGAACUUUUACAGCCAAGUUAUCUUGUCCCAAUCUCACAGCUGAGACAGGUGAAGUCACAAACAAGGUCGUUACUGUCACUGUUCUUAAUGAAGAUGUGGUGAUUGGAUGGAAUUUUACAAAGAUGGUGAUUAAAGAAAAUUCUGGAUGUACUGAUCUUCGCAUCGUCAAGAGUGGAAACUACAUAGACGAGGGAACAAAGCAUGCUAUUACAGUACAGUCAGAUCAGGGAAAGUCAGCCUGUCAGUCUUGCAUCAAACCACUGAAUGAAACCCUGACAUUCAAGUCAAAUCAAACCGAAAAGAUGGUGUCAUUGUGUGUUUAUGAUGACAAAGUUGCUGAGCGGAAUACAACAUUCACUGUUAAAAUAACUACAGCAGACAAGAACAUCAAACUCCAGCCGUCGUUUGCAACAAUCACCAUCGAUGAUGACGACAAGGCCGUUAUAGGCUGGAAAUUCACAGACAAACUAGUGCAAGAGAAAUCUGGAUGUCAUUCAGUGCUUGUUGUUAGAAGUCAAGACGAAACAGGGCUAUCACGGACAGUCAGAGUUCACACCAACAAAGUGAGUGCUACUCCUACCAAUGCCUCCUGUAAUUCAUCUUGCGCCGACUACUUAUCCAUCAACCAAAAUGUCACCUUUGAAUCAAAAGAAACGGAAAAGAACAUCACUUUGUGCGUCUAUGAUGAUCAACUACUCGAGAACAWUGAAYUCUUUGAGGUGAAGAUUGCCACAGACGAGCCAGAAAAUGUCAAGAUUGAGCCAGCUGUGAUGAGAAUCGUUCUUCUCGAUGAUGACCAAGGUAAAGCGUGCUUUCACUUCGAUAAUACACGAUUAAGUGUACAAGAGGAAAUUGGGACAGUUAAAUAUUGUGUCAACAAGACCGGAGAACAUAAAUCUCCUGUAAAUGUCAGCGUUACUGUACUUGAGGAUGCAAUAAGGUGGACUGCUGAAAAAGGAAAAGACUUUACCCUGGGAGCUGGUUCAAAUAGCGUCACACUUAGUUUUAAACCAACAGAUACAGCAUUGUGUAGUAGUGUUAAGAUUAUUAACGAUGAUCAGCCCGAGAGUGAUGAAAUCUUUUCACUGGAGCUACGAUGUAUUCACGGCAAGACGUGCUGUUUGACUGGUACCGAGAACAGCACAGUUAUCAUACGCAUUAAAGAUAAACAAGACAUGGAGCGCUAUCUCGAGGAUAAGGAUGCUCAAGCACAAGAUAAGAAAGAUAGAAAUAAUGUUGUGUUUUACCUAUUCAUUGCUGGAAUAUGCGUGGCAGCUGUGACUCUAAUUGUCAUUAUUGGAGUGGGAUGCUUUUUCGUAAAAAAGAUUAACAAAAUCUCGAGUGGCAACAUGGUGCCUGCUACAAUUUAUGGCUGAUCACUCCCUAGGAAGAGAUGCUGGACAAUUUUUCACAAUUAAGUUUUAUUUGGAAAAAUCUGACGAAGCGUUUUUGUUUGAUGUGUAACCUGAAUAUGGCUGCUCUGACGUCAUUCACCAUGGAUACGUCACAUCAGUCGUGCUAUCUACACAUUUUUUUGGAAUAGUUGCAUUUGCUUAGUUUUGCAUCUUCUAGUUUAUUAACCACACCCGUGCUACCACAUCUUAUUGAACAGCCUUAAUAUUUGUUGAUCAGAUUGAGGAAUUCAUGAAACGUUUCGCUCUUUGAAACUCAGGUGCUUCUUGUUAGAUCGAAGUCAAGAAGAAACAGGGGUCUAUCACGGACAAAACGUUUCACCCUUGAAACCCAGUUGCAUUUGAGUGUGGUUUAGGAUCAGAUUUAGAUAAAGUAUGCAUCACCUUGAAGCUGUUUAUUUACUGAAUCUGCUAAUGUCGUUUUAUUCAGUGUUGAUCGAUGAAAUGUAAAGUGUUUUAACUAUUGUUUACAUUAAAUCAAAGUUAUUUUAGUGUUUCUCAA